AUGUCAACAUCCGAGGCUGCUGCUACUAAUGGUACUGCAGCAGCGACUCCACCUGAGAUCGACAACAACCAUCUAAAGAGGAAGUCAUCUGAUAUAGGCUGGGAGUGGGGGUGUCUCUGUGAUCCCAAUGACAAGAACAGAGUCAAGUGUCUUCUUUGUGGACAAGGGAGCACAGCUGGAAUUUAUCGCCUUAAGCAGCAUCUUGCUCAUGUUGGCACAUCUAUUGUGAAGUGCCCAAAAGUAACUGAGGAAGUUAAGCAGAAGUGCAAGAGAAAUCUUGAUGAGACAGCGAAGAAGAAGAAAGAUAAGCAGCAACAUGACAAAGAGGUUAGGGAGAAUGUGCAACUUGCAACAUGUGAAGAGGAAGUGACAGAAGUUGAGUCACUUGCUGGAAGCUCAAGUACCCCUCGCAAGCUAGGACCCAUGGACAAAUUUACUCGUCCCAUUGAUCCCAAGUUAAGCAAUGCUGAAGCUAAGAGGCAACAAAAUAUAAAUGAUGCACUUUGGAAAGAGAGAACACACCAAGUGCAGCAAUAUGUUGCUAGAUGGGUGUAUACACAUGCUAUUCCAUUCCAUGCUAUUGAUAAUGAUGAGUUCAAGGAAAUGGUUGAAGCUAUUGGUCAAUUUGGUCCCGGUUUCCAACCUCCAGCUCAGCAUGAUCUUCGGGGUAGAUUGUUGGAAGAGGAGCAUGCAAGAACCAAGAGCUUGCUACAAGACCGGGAAGAUGAGAAGAUUAAGCAUGGCUGCUCCAUCAUGACUGAUGCUUGGACAGAUAUGAAGAGAAGAAGUAUUAUGAAUCUGUGCACAAAUACUAGUGAGGGAACUACUUUUAUCAAGUCAAUGGAGAUGUCAGAUGUGUCACACACUAGUGAAGUUAUAUAUGAGAUGGUUGACAAGGCAAUUGAGGAUGUAGGUGCUGAAAAUGUGGUGCAAAUUGUGACCGAUAAUGCUUCUAACAAUAUGGGAGCAAAGGCAUUGCUACAUCUUAAAAGGCCAAACAUAUUUUGGACUUCUUGUGCAACUCAUACCAUCAAUCUGAUGUUGCAAGGCAUUGGCAACCUUCCAAAAUUCAAGAAGACAAUUGAUCUAGCAAAAUCAUUCACUAUCUUUGUCUAUGGUCACCACCGAACCUUGGCAUGUUUGAGGUCCUCCACCUUGAAGAGAGAAAUCAUAAGACCAGGGGUAACCAGAUUUGCUACAGCCUAUCUUACACUGCAAAGUAUGAUGGAAAAGAAGGAUUGUCUAAAAAAGAUGGUGGUUGAUUCCAAGUGGUAUGACUUACCUGAUGUGAAGUCCAAAAAGGGCAAGGAUGCUACAGCCACGGUGUUGAACCCUCGUUUUUGGAGAGAGAACUUCUCAAGGCAAAGAGGGAGAUCAAGGAGGCAUUUGGAAAUGUGGAAAAUAAAUACAGAGAAGUGA